AUGGUACUACGCUAUAGGACGCCUCCAUCCAGGUAUGAGCUUUUCAACCAAGUCGGCCCCGUGGCUUCUAUUCGUGUCUGCCGAGACAAGAUCACAAAGAAAUCGCUGGGUUAUGGAUAUGUGAAUUUCCACAAUGUGAAGGAUGCUGAGACAGCUUUGGAUUCGCUAAGUUAUACGAGCAUCCAUGGCCGUAGCUGUCGUCUGAUGUGGAGUCAGAAAGAUGCUGGACAGAGAAAGGCCAACAACAGCAACGUGUAUGUUGCUAACCUUGACAAGAACAUCGACAACAAGGCGCUGCACGACACCUUCAGCGUGUUCGGUGAGAUUCGGUCUUGCAAGGUUGCCGCUGAUUUGAUGGGAAAUUCUUACGGUUAUGGCUUUGUCCACUUCGAGACUGAAGAGGCGGCAAUGGACGCAAUUCAGAGACUGAACAAUGUGGAGGUUGGCGGCCAAAGGAUUCAAGUGUGUUUAUGCGAGAACCGGAAAGAAGCUGCUCUCAACGGUGCAGACGACUUCACCAAUUUGUAUGUGAAGUGCUUUCCUGCGAAAUGGGAUGAGGAGUUUAUGCGACGGGAGUUCGGCAGAUUUGGGCGGCUCACUGGAGUCGCAGUUCGCACAGACGGGCAAGGUCGCAGAAGCGCCUUUGUCAAUUAUGAGGAGCAUGAGGAUGCCAAAAGAUGUAUCCAGGAGAUGCACAUGAAGGACAUGCGAAGUCCUGAAGAGCAGGAUCUUCCUGAGGAGGUCGGAUCAGAUGGACAUCCGUUGUGCAGACUCUAUGUGCAAAGGGCACAGCCAAAGUCCGAAAGGGAGCGGAUUCUGAAGAAGCAGUUUGCAGAGGAUGCAGCAAUAAAAGCCCAUCUGUCCAAAAUCAGUUUGUACGUCAAAGGCUUGCAUGACGACAUGACCGAUGAAGGGCUUCGAAGGCUGUUCGAGCCUUUUGGCACUGUGCUGUCGGCUUCUGCUCCUAUGGACAUCAAUGGGAAAUGCCGUGGCUUUGGCUUCGUAAAUUUCGGGUCGCUGGAGGAAGCCACCAAGGCAGUUUCUCAGAUGCAUUUGCGGGUCGUGCACGGAAGGCCGAUACACGUCGACCUGGCCGAGAGCAAGAAGGAUCGCCAAGCACGCCAACAACGCGCGCAACAGCGCUUCGGGGAAGGCAUGCCCGGAUUACCAGGAGGGCGGGGUUUCCCCAUGGGUGGCUUUGGCAUGCCGAGACCAGGGGCAAUGUUUGCUCCGAUGAAUAUGGGUCCGCCGAUGAUACCGCGGGGUGGUUGUGGCCCUUGUGGUGGAGGCUCCAUGCCUAUUGGGUUCAAUCCUGGUGCGAUGGGUUUGGCUGCUCACAUGAGCCCGAUGAGUCCAGCUCCAAACAUGGGUAUGCGUCCACCUGUGCCUCCGAUGUCAAUGGGCUACGGGGGCUUCGGGCGAGGGCAGGGCCUCCCAGGCCCACCCGCGGCCCGGGGACCGCCGGGACCGCAGUUCAGAGGCCCAACUGUCACUGCAGCGACUCUGGCCUCCAUGCCGCCACCGAUGCAGAAGCAGCUUCUUGGAGAGAAGCUCUAUGCUGAGAUUGCGCGCAUGAAUGCGGUACACGCUGGAAAAAUCACCGGGAUGAUGCUGGAGAUGGACAACAGCGACAUUCUUGCCUUCUUGGAGUCACCUGAGCGUCUACAGUCCAAAGUUAAAGAAGCUUUAGACAUGCUGUCACGAGGACCGUAG